UUGGCAAAUAAAAGCAAUAAGGCAGUCAUAUGUCAUGCUUGCUAUGAGGAUUUAGGUGAUGAAGCUGCAAAGAUAACCAACAAAGCAAAUUUAUAUUAUAAUCAUUUAAAAUCUUGUUUGCAUUUUGCAUCAAAAUAUAUCGAAGAAGAAUUGGAAAAAAUUUUACAGCUUGAUAAAGAAGCUUCACAAGAAUCUGAUUAUGAAUCAAAUGAAAAAGCAGUUUACUACUAUACACAAUGGUUUGUUAUAAGACCUGAAAAUAUUUUAUUAGAGCUUGAGGACUUCUUGACAAAUAAUUUGCCUUUUAAUGCAAUACCAUUUGAUCAAUUUAAUAGUGACAUAAUUAAAUAUUGGGCUUUUAUUAAAUGUGGAACCCAUAAAGAUCUUGCAAAUCUGGCACUUCAUUUAUUUGGAAUUUGUGUCAAUAGUGCCUCUGUUGAAGGGUUAUUUUUAACUAUGGGAUUUCUACAUAGUAAACGCAAAAAUAGGCUUAAGGUUCUUGAAAUGAGUCAAUUUCAAGGGAGAAUUAUCCAAGAGCGCAAAUUAAAGGCUGUUGAAAAAUCUGCAAAACAAAUUCACAAUCCUAAUAUUUUACCACCUAUAACUUCUGAUUCUGAAGAUGAAGAUUUAUCACAAGAAUCUAAUUUUGAAUACAAUUAA